CCCACAGUCACUAUUAUUACCAUACAUAAAUACCGUGAUUGAGAUUAAACAAGAAUAUAUACAUAUAUAUAAUAUAUGAUUCACAAUCACAAACAUUAUUUUUGGUAUUCUUAACACUAAUUAAGAUCAUAUACAUACACAUACCAUAUAAUGUAAAUUUACCAAAUUCAUACGUACACACAUGCAUAAAAUGAAAGGCUGAGAUGGUUCAAAGAUGUUCUCACAUUCUCCCACGUGGCAUGAUCAAGGGCCAUGAUUUAAGAGAACCUCUUCUUCCCACCAACUGAUCCACUUUCAAAUCUCUCUCCCGCAAUCUUUGCCCUUUUAUUUCUUAACCGCUCCACCUUGAUUUUACUCUCUCUCUCUCUCUUAAAAAACAAGGAAUAAACUCACCAAAACAUAUAUACAUAUACACAUGCACAACAAAACUAAACCACCCUUUUUAUCUUUGAAACCCCAUUUAGCCUUUGUUUUUGUUCAUCUUUUUCUCUACCAUUUUCUCCAUUUCUCUCUCUCUUUCUCUCUCUUUUUGGGGAAAUGGGGAAAGUGGGACAAGAAUCAGAUUUCAAAACCCAGUUGGUAGUUGAAAUUUGCUCCAUUUCAACAGGCCAUUCUUCUAACACAUGUGUUCAUAGGCAACAUUGCAACCAGCCUAAUAAUAAUAAAUUACCAUUCAUUGAUUGGUACCGUAUUAUUGGAGUGGAAGAAGAUGCUGGAAUAGAUGUUAUUAAAAAAUGUUACCAUAAACUUGCUUUACAACUUCAUCCAGAUAAGAACAAGCAUCCCAAGGCUGAAAUUGCAUUCAAGCUUGUCUCAGAGGCAUAUUCAUGUCUUUCAGACAAUGCACAAAGAAAAGCAUUUGACUUAAGGAGAUGGAGGAGUUUCUGCUUUGAUUGUCUUCAUAGUCCAAAGAAGAAGGCGGCUCGGAGAGUCCCGAGUUGGCCAAGAUCUCACAAAAUUAUUCGCGGGUUGAAAGAUUUACGAGACAGGUUCAGGGAAGAGACGAGGGUGAUUGAGAAUUGCCUGAAGGCCAAUGCUGCCUCGGCUGCAGCUGUGCCAAGGAGAGAAUCUUGUGUUUUUAGUCCUCCAACAACAAACUCUUUGUUAAAGAGCAAAUCUCAUAAUGGGAGACGAAAGGAGUCUCCUAUUUUCAAUCCUUCUGACUAUGCUUUUGAUGGGUAUCCACAUAUGAGGAGUCGAGUUUACAAGAAGACAGAUAAUUUUUGGUUCAUGAGAACUGGACAUGUUUUUAAUAGUGAAAGAGUAGAUAGUAGAGUGAAUUGUGACUCUCCUAUCUUUGAGAUUAGACCACAGAAAAAAGGCAUUUUUAAGAGUAAAUCUACUUGUGUUCAUUCAUGACAUUAUUAUUUCAAGGAAAUAAAAGAAAAAAAAAAGGAAAAUUGAGGGUUUUUAAAAUAAAAGUUGUGUUCAAUUCUUAUUAUCCUUAAGGCUAAUUAAGAUUUUUGCUCCCUGAAUUUUAACAUGUACCAAAUCAUGCUACUGAACUAUUUCGAUUGUUGAAUUUAAAGACUUUUAUCUAAUUUUAGUAAAGAAAA